GCUUACUCAUAUAUCUUCAGUCCUUUUAUAGAUAUUAUGGCCCUUUUAAGUUUCUUCAUUCUCAUUCCUAUGAUUGGUUUGUGCAUUGCUCAAAAUCCACCUUCACCCGGCUACUCUCCUAGUUCCCGGUUCGGUACAGUGGCAUUCGAUCAGGGCUUCAGAACUCUCUGGGGUCCUCAGCAUCAACGGAAAGACCAUGGCACGCUUACAAUAUGGCUCGACAAGAGCUCAGGAAGCGGAUUCAAGUCUCUACAUCCGUAUAAAUCCGGUUACUUCAGUGCGUCAAUCAAGGUUCAGCCUGGUUAUACUGCUGGUGUCAUCACAUCUUUCUACCUUUCCAACAACGAGGCCCAUCCUGGGGACCAUGAUGAAGUCGACAUUGAGUUCCUCGGGACAAUCCCCGGCAAGCCUUACACAUUGCAGACCAACGUAUACAUGAGAGGGAGCGGUGGCGGACGUGUCAUCGGAAGGGAGAUGAAGUUUCAUCUCUGGUUUGAUCCGACCCAAGAUUUUCACAACUAUGCUAUUCUCCAGACACCUAAUGAGAUCAUAUUCCUGGUAGAUGACGUGCCGAUUCGGAGGUAUCCUAGGAAAAGUGACGCGACAUUUCCUCUCAGGCCAAUGUGGGUGUACGGCUCAAUCUGGGAUGCCUCGUCCUGGGCCACCGAGAAUGGCAGGUACAAGGCCGACUACCGUUUCCAGCCUUUUAUUGGUAGGUACAGGAACUUCAGGCUGAGCGGCUGCACUGCGGAUGGGUCCUCAGCCUCGUGCAGACCUCCAUCCAUCUCCCCAUCCGGAGCUGGUGGACUAAGCCGGCAACAGGUAGGUGCUAUGGCAUGGGUCCAAAGGAACUACAUGGUGUACAACUACUGCAGGGAUCCGAGCCGGGACCAUACUGUCACGCCGGAAUGCUAGCUCCAUUGGAACCGUGUGUUGCUCAUCGCCAUAGCUAGCUGAAGUCGCUUUUGGAUUUACGAGUGCAAUUGUUGUCCCUUACAUUCAGGUCAAGAUAUAUAUGUCAAGUAGCUGUUAUGUUCAGGCUAUAGGCAAUACAUACAGAUAACAGAUUGGUGUCGGGGGGAGGGAAGGGGUCUUGAGAUGUGUGGGUCCAGCUUGCACAAGAAUAGGUGCGAGAGUAGUUGAGCGUCCAAGCCUCGAUGAAUUGAAUUCAAGAUUCAAUUGUUUGUUUGCUUUUUAUCUU